AUGACUACAACAGUAACACCCCGACAUUCGAUAAAAGUAAAAUGUCUCACAUUACUUGAAUUAUAUCCAACAAAUAAUGAUCGUCAUCAUACAUCAUCACGAAAUACUGCACAAAUUUUAACACGUCGUAUUUAUCUUCAUCCAUUAACAUUAAAUUCAAAUGCAAAACAACAAUCAUCAAAAAUACUUGCGAAUAAUUUACUUAAAAUUGAUCAAUCGAAUUUAGAAAAAACGAGUUUAUUUUCGAAAAAUAUUCCAUUUAAUGAUCGUUCGAUUUCAUCAUCACUUUCAUUAACAACACGUUCAAAUUCAAAAACAGCUUCAUCAAUAGUUACUGAUACUGAUACGAAUAAUGAAUUUGAAACAAGUACAAUUACAAGUUCAUUUAAUCAAAUAAAUUUACCAUCAAUAAGUCGAAAUUCUUUUUCUAUACCAAAGAAACGUACUGUAUCUACUCGAUCGUUAUAUGUUCCAAAAAAACGUACACAAAAAACUUCAAAAGAUAAAUUGGAUGUAUGGCAUUAUUUAUAUAAUACUUUAGAACGUCCAUUACCAAGAGAUCCGCCAACAACUCCACUUGAUUAUUCAAGAGAUAUAGAUUUACAAUAUAUUCAACAAUUAGAAUUCUAA